CAGUACUCCAAAUUUGUUAGAGAGAGAUAUUUUCCAUUUCCAGCGUCAGUGAAAUGCGAAAAUUGUCCAACGGUUCCAAGCUUCCCCUUCUUCUUGAAAAAAUUAGGAGAGAUAAUUGAAAAAGCUCCUCUUUGAUUUCUUUUUCCUUUUCCUGAUGGGACGCUAUACUUAAUUGCAUAUUAACUAUUUGAUGAAAAAGGAGUCACAGAAUUUACUAUUUAGUCUGACAACAGUGUAACUAAAAAUGAAACGACGAGGUGAUCCAAUCAAAUUUGUAUGCGUUCUAGUGUCUUCUGUUUUUGCUUUCGCUCUGUGUCUUUCAGUACUUAAACUUGACGAAAUACCAGUAGGAACUAGUAAUGCAAUUAAUUUAUCAGGAGUUAAGAAACUGAAAGUCAAUCCAACAGCAGCAGGAGGAAUUGGGAAGUUGGGCGAAGUGGUGAUCGGAAUGCUGCCUCAAGAUUUGGGGUUCACUUUAUUUUUGCCAUCUGAAAAAGCAUUCGAGCGGGACCUGGGUUUGGGCCCCAAUGAUUUGGUGAGCGAGAAUGGGAACGAUACAUAUGCAAUACUAACUCGAGUAAUGGGGUUUUCAGCUGUGCCGAGGGCGAUUAACUCGGAUGAUGUACAGUUGGGGAAGGAGAUUGAUUAUGAUUCUAUAUCGGGAUAUAUACUCUAUAUAUCGAAAGAUUCAGAUGGGUCAUUGAUAGUGAAUCGAAUUGCUUCUGAAAUGGUGGAUCUGAGAAGAGGGAAGAUAGUUGUACAUGUUAUGGAUGGGGUGAUAAUGGAUUCAGAAUUUGAGCACUCUGUACGACCUGGUUCCCAGGAGGAUAAUUGAGCUCAGUUUCGUGAAUUGAUGAUUACCCCAUUUUCGCUGGGGAAAAAAUUGUGAAGCUUUUACUGAGUAACGAUUGAUACACUGAGAUGGCUCAGGUGGAUCUAUAAAGAGGAAAACUUUGUUGAAUGUGCUGUCUCUGACUUUAUUAAACAAUAUUGGGCUUUGUGUAAUUUUUUUUGUUGAUUUUGGACUUUUUCAAGCUGAUGUUUUGCUACUGCUUGUUUUUUACAGUAAUUUAGCCUGUUAUUAUUGUUACAUUAUAAUAUUAUUGUAAAAAAAAAAAAAGUUAUAGCUGUUACACUGUACUUUAUUUAUCGUCUUAUUGGAAAAAAAAAUUUGUUAUUCAGAAAAUCUUCUCCACUUGAAAUCACUGGGAAGUUUAAUGGGCGGAACGAAUAUGUCGAAAUUGUGGUAAGCCAGCAAAUUUCUAUUAGCAUUGAUCUGGAAUCUCUUUUUGGUAAGCCCAAUAAGGUGGGACAAUGUGCGAAGAACUUUAAGUGCAUAAUCACUGGUAAUCUAAUUAUUAGGAGUCAUGACUCAAAUGAUGCACCCAAGCUAUUUGAUGAAUUGCUCGAAUCAGAUGCAACACAUGUUUCAUGUUUGUUUCUACAGGUUAGUAACUUACUAUCAUAUGGCCCUGAAGAGAAAAAUGAUGAAACUAUUGUCGCUUUUGGUCCAGGAGGUAAUACAUUUACUAUGUUUGAUGUUAGCUAUAUGAAGCUUGAUGAGUCUAGUUUCCUCUCGAUAUUGGGUGUUUGCUCACAAUUACGAAUACUAAGUUGUACUGCACGGAUAAAGUUCGACUGGCUGAAUCAAUUGAAGGAGCUACAUAAUGGAGUCAAAAUUAAAGUUGAUACCUCAGUUCCUUUGUUUAUGUAUUCUCUGGAUUAUGCCGAAAUACAAUUGGCUAAUUGUGCUAAGACUACAAACAAGUGGAUUGUGAGGCGACUUAAUGGGAUUGUUGGUGUUUACUGGAGAAACAUCAUAUCUGAGGUUGGUAAUUUACGAGCUAAUUUCUUAGCCAACUUUUUGCCAGGAUGGAGUAUCACUGUUGGUGUUGGUUUGAACUCUUACUCAAAUAAUAUAGUGCAUAAAAGUCUAGGCAUCUAUUCAAGAGUAGCAAUGAAGUAUAAGAAUUCAUUGAGUUCAUUUACCAUAAUAAUUGAUAGGGAAAACUCUAACUCACUUUAUCAGGGUGUUAGAGCCAAUGUUCUAUGUGUUGUUUUUGGAUUUAUUGAGGUGGUUCUUGUGGACAAGAGAGUGGUUGCGACAUACUGGCCAGAUGUUCUUAAAUCCAACAAUAAAACUAACUUGCAUUGGGAGAAAUGGAUUGUGCUGAAACAACUUCAUUCACUACAGUUUGUUUCCAUUCUUAGUUGCACAAUGCUCAGAGUCAUCACUUGGUUGGAUAAUCUACUGCUAAUUACAUACCUGAACACUUGGGCAAUGAAUUACGAGCCAAGAGAGAUAACUGUUGUUGACAAUUUACUACGCAAUGAUAAAUUUCAUUAUAUACUUGGUGCCUUGAACAUUCUUGGUAAUGAGUUUCAGCACAUACUUAGGGCCUUGAAACCACCUGGACUGCCCGAAGGUAUUGAAAGUGCAAACCAACCAGCAAUUGUUAAAGGUUGUGGAGAGAUGUUUCCUCUGUUGAAGAAUUCAAGAAAGGGAUUCAACUUUUUUUUUUCAUAAAUGCUGAAGUUGUAUUGCAUGCACUGACAAUAACACUUACUGUAGUUGUUGGAAGUUCAAGUGCCAGCUACUUAGCAGGUCUGGUUAUCACAAGUGGAACUACCAGUUGUGAAGGUUGGGGUACUAGCAGUUUACAAGGCUAUUCAGUGUUACUGUUGUUCUUGCCCAUUAAGAGGAGUUAUUUUGGAAGGAAACAUUUCCAUGGUAUUAAUUCGGUUGCUGCAAUCGAUUAUCUUUAUCAUGGCUUAACUCCAGUAGUUCACUACCAUUUCAGACCUAGCAAUAAUGAUAUGCAAAGUACUCCAAAUGAGAGCAAAGUCUUAAGGAAAUCUCUUCAGUUUAUGAUCACUAGCAACUUCUGCCAACAUGGUUCAAUAAAGACCUUGAGGACAAGGUCAAUUUCAAGCGGGAAGGAUUGUUAUGAUCUGGCAUUUUUUAUCAAGGAGGUCACGUGAUGGGCUUGUUCUCACGUGUGUCAAUCAAAUCUUAUUUCACCGAGGUGGGAACUUCCCCAUAUAUAGAUACAAGCAAAUGUUGAAUGGGGGAUAUUCAGAAUUAUAUUCCAUUUUCGAAGCUUCUGCUUCUCACUUCUCUCUCUCUCUCUCUCUCUCUCUCUCUCUCUCUCUCUUCACUCCCUUCUCGUCUCAUCUCUUCUCCUUCCUCUGCUCUCUUCUUCCUUCUUUGCUUGUCUUCUCCUCAAUCGUUUGGUUAUGGAUUUGUAGCUUAACAAUAUCCUUUUCUAUUUCGCAAUUUUAAUUCGAGUUGGAAGUGUUGAAUUAAUAAAAAUUCUCACCUUUUCUAUUACAUUCUUGCUAAUUCUAUCUUUACUUCUUGAGUACAUUACAGCCCAAUAAGGCGGGACAAUGCGCGAAGAACUUUGAGUGCAUAAUCACUGGUAAACUAAUUAUUAGGAGUCAUGACUCAAAUGAUGCACCCAAGCUAUUUGAUGAAUUGCUCGAAUCAGAUGCAACACAUGUUUCAUGUUUGUUUCUACAGGUUAGUAACUUACUAUCAUAUGGCCCUGAAGAGAAAAAUGAUGAAACUAUUGUCGCUUUUGAUCCAGGAGCUUGAGGUUGAGUUUAAGAAAUGCUAAUUUACAAGCAAAGGCAAACAUGAGGAAAGCUGCCCAAGAAGAGAGGGAGCUUCUAUUGGGAGGUGGAGAAUAAUCUACAGUUCGCAGGCGAAAUCUACAGUAUGUGGACAAAAGCUGGAAUGACAUCUGCAGCUGAAAGUAUUACGGAGAGCCUACGCCGCACUCGCCAACUUAUGGUUCAGGAGGUUGAAAGAAGUGCAAGCACUCUAAUGACAGUUGAUGAAUCAACAGGGGUAUUAACGAAAGCUGAGAGUGAAUACAAAGGCCACCGCUCCUUGCUAACACGAACGCGGAACCUUCUGUCCACAAUGCAACGGCAGGACGUUCUGGACAGGGUGAUACUGGUUGUAGGAUUUACUAUUUUCUCCUUGGCCGUUUUUUAUGUGGUGUCAAAGCGUAUUGGCCUGCUCAAGUUGCAGCGUAAGCUAAUUGAAGCUGUGAAGGCUGGUACAGCUGGACAGGUGGAGAUAGUACCCAGAGUCGGUAGAGAAGGUGCAAAUGUUGCCCAGGUUCAGAUGAAUCCUGUACCCGAGUUAAAUGUACCCUUAGAACAAGCAAUGCAUGAUGAACUUUGAAUUCCCUUUAGUUGUGUACAUUUUCUGUGGUACAUGCAAGUUUCACCUAUGGAGCUCCAUAUCUUGGUACAGCAUUACAAUAACAUAGUUUUGUGUUCUUUUGUUUUUCUAUUAUUCACAGCUUGCCUUGGUCCCUUCA